CAACAUUAUUUUAUUUGUUAGUGUGACCAUAAUUGUUAUUAUUUUCACGUGUGGCACAAACGAGCCAAAAAACCAAGCGCCCGCUAAAAUAAACAAAUCGUUAACCGAGCAGAGAGCAGCCGGAGACAACCCGAAAAAGGAGGAGCUUCCGACUCCACCGAAAUCUCCAGAGGAUUCGCAAAAUCGGCGUCGGCGUUCCCAAAAAGCCGGAACAACAAGAAGAAGAAGCACGUGUGCGGCGUGCCGAAAAAAGGAAAAUAUAAUAUAGUAGGAGGCGGGGCAAGGAUCAUCGGAAUCCGAAACCGGAGGACAUGGUGCCCAUCGGAGCCGUGCACGGCGGCCAUCCCGGCGUAGUGCAUCCGCCACCGCAACCACUGCCCACGGCGCCCAGUGGGCCGAAUUCCCUGCAACCGAAUUCGGUGGGCCAACCGGGGGCCACCACCUCCUCAAACAGCAGCGCCUCCAACAAGAGCUCGCUGUCGGUGAAGCCCAACUAUACGCUCAAGUUCACCCUGGCCGGGCACACGAAGGCGGUAUCGGCGGUCAAGUUUAGUCCGAACGGCGAGUGGCUGGCCAGUUCCUCCGCCGAUAAACUGAUCAAAAUCUGGGGAGCCUACGAUGGGAAGUUCGAGAAGACCAUUGCGGGCCACAAGCUGGGCAUCAGUGAUGUAGCCUGGAGCUCGGAUUCGCGACUCCUCGUCAGCGGCAGCGAUGACAAGACCCUCAAGGUCUGGGAACUGAGCACCGGGAAGAGUUUAAAGACCCUGAAGGGGCACAGCAACUAUGUGUUCUGCUGCAACUUCAAUCCGCAAUCCAAUCUGAUUGUGUCCGGCAGUUUCGACGAGAGCGUUCGCAUUUGGGAUGUGCGCACUGGCAAGUGCCUGAAGACCCUGCCCGCCCACUCCGAUCCCGUUUCGGCGGUCCACUUCAACCGGGAUGGCUCGCUGAUUGUGAGCAGCAGCUACGAUGGACUGUGCCGCAUCUGGGACACGGCCAGUGGGCAGUGUUUAAAAACCCUGAUCGACGACGACAACCCACCCGUCAGCUUUGUCAAAUUCUCGCCCAAUGGCAAGUACAUCCUGGCCGCCACGCUAGACAAUACGCUGAAGUUGUGGGACUACUCAAAGGGCAAGUGCCUCAAGACGUAUACGGGCCAUAAAAACGAGAAAUACUGCAUAUUCGCCAAUUUCUCGGUAACGGGUGGCAAGUGGAUCGUGAGCGGCAGCGAGGACAACAUGGUCUACAUCUGGAAUCUACAGAGCAAGGAGGUGGUGCAGAAGCUACAGGGACACACCGACACCGUGCUGUGCACCGCUUGCCAUCCCACGGAAAACAUCAUCGCAUCCGCGGCGCUCGAGAACGACAAGACCAUUAAGCUGUGGAAGUCGGACACAUAAAGAGGGCGACUUGUAUCGCUGGUAUCCAGCUGGAGGACGGAAGAACGAGCGAUCGGCCAGAGCAGCAGCUUUGGUUGCCUCCACACACACAUAUUUCUUGGAUAACAUUAUGUUUAAGGAAAAAGUCUAAUUCUAAUUUUAAUAACUCUUUUUUUGUAUACAUAAUUUAAAGAUUGAACCCUUAAAUUCUACUUUUAAAUCACAAUUUAAAACUCACAUUCUAAGGCAGAACAGAAAACCACAAAAAAAAAUCGGAAAAAACUAAAAAAAAACAAUUAUUAUUGUAUAAAUAUUUAUUAGCCUAUUGUAUUGGCCACCAAGCAGGGAGAAUAUUCCCCAAAAAUGUUUGUAACCUUUGACACAGCCACACACCCCACAAAACAAUUAUAAUGAUCUUUCGGUGACGAGAAAACUAAAUUUAAGCAAAAACCCACACACAUGCAUAUACAUAGGAGCUUGGGACAAAACCCAAGCACCAGAAAGAAUAUAUAUAAAAUACGAGAUGUAAAUUUUGAAUAAAUGAAAACACGUCCUCAACGGCGCGAAAAAUGCCCUUGCAUCUUGAGCGUUUUUUGAGGCGAGCCACUUAUUUGUAA